GUAAUUGUAGACCUGAAGGGCUCAGAGUGCACCUGGACUUACCAAACCCCGCCCUCGUCUCCGAGCACCAACGUAUCCAGGAAGUCCAGCAUGUGCAGCAGUCUGAACAGCGUGAACAGCAGCGACUCCCGCUCCAGCGGCUCGCACUGCCACUCCCCCACCUCCCACUUCCGUUUCCGCACCUCCUCCUCCUCAUCCUCCUCGGUGCCGCCCCAGCAGACUCCGGCUCGCCUCUCUUCGGUCUCCUCCCACGACUCUGGCUUCAUCUCGCAGGAUGCCUUCCAGUCCAAGUCGCCCUCGCCUAUGCCUCCAGACAGCCUGCAG